GUAGAAUUGACAGAUGACAGAUGAUGUGGCCUAUGCAGCUGUGUAGCUAGUUUUCAUAAUUUUUGUAGGAAAUGAAAUCUAAAAUGCGAAUAUGAUUGUAUUAAGAAUUGUUUUGUUACUGCUAGCAGUUUCUGUGUCUCACUGCCGAUUGCCUGAUAAGGUAUUUUGUGCUAAUACAGAAUGUUCAUCACCAAUAUCAAAAGCAAGGACGCUACUGUCUUACACCAGUGGCGAUACAGAUUUCAUGUCAUUUCGGGGUAAUGCUGAAGCGUUAGUUUAUAUGAAAUCAGCUGGAGAUGACCCAGAUGUGUGGUAUGUCAAUAUCAAUGGGAAGUCUGGCUUUGUUAACUCAAAAUUUCUUCGAGAAAGUAAAGUUAUCGUAAAGAAAUCUGAUUUAUUACAAUUACCUCUGGAAGUUCAACGUAAGAAGUCUGAGGUUCAGCCUGAUAGGGUCAAACAAGCACAUGAAGUGUUUGAAGGCACCACUAUAUAUUCAACAGAAUCAACUCAACCAGCUACAAAUGAUCCUUCCGUAGAUGUAACAACUGAGACUUCAAUUCCUACUCCGAACACUAAUCAAGAAUCUGAUUCUAGUAUCCCAAAUGCACAGGAACAACCUGCACCUCAACAACAAGAUAGUGAAAUAAUGAAUGAAAACUUAUCACCAUCAGCUGUAAACUUAAUUGAUUCAAAAUUAUCUGACUCUAAUGAACAAAUUGAGAAUGUUGUAACAUCUAGUAGCAGUGACAAUACUUUACAGAGUUUACAAGAAAAUGUUAGUGGUAAUAUUAAUAAUGCUAAUAUGAAUACUCCAAACUUAAUUCCUGAACUUCCAUUAGGAAAUAUUUCCGAAGAACCAUGGCACCCACCUGCCAUUAUUCCUUCUAGUCAAAAUAUAGAUAGUAUUGAUGUGCCCAAUACUGAUCUCUUAAAGCAAUCGGCACCUUCGGAGUCAGACAAUGAACAAAAUACUUCCACUAUUUCUAAUUCAAAUGUUGAACAACUGCAAUUACCCCUGAAUGCACCUAGUGAGACUAAUAAUGUGCCUGAUAGCAAUAUAAUUCCAAAUCAAGAACAAGCAUUAAAUGCACCAUCCAUAGAAAAUAAUAACAUGCCUAACCAAGAUAGUAAAGAAAAUAAUGGAAAUAGUAUAGAUAUGAAUUCUGAGUCAACUGUUGCAACAGAAACAACACCAACAACUAUUUCAACAGACAAUGUUGACAAUCACAUUAUAUCAUCAACAUCAGAGGCACCAACUACCACUACAAAUCCUGUAGAAAGUAUUGAUGUGAAUAAUGUCCAACCUACAGUGGAAACACUAAAAGAGCAAAACAUUUUUAGUGACCUCAAGAUUCCUCCAUUGGACAAACAAAUAUCUCCAGAGUUGCAAAAACAAAUUCCAGUAUAUUUUUCUUCAGAAUCUCCAAAUUCCAAAGAAAAUGUUGUCAAUAGCGAAUUUCCUCAAUUUGAUACAUUACAAUUAAGUUCAACUGAAACUCCUGUAACAGAAGUUUCAUCUUACUUGCCACAGAAAGAACCCGAAAAGACUGAUAAAAUUAAUGAUGCCCAUACAAAGCCAUCUGUUGUUCCUGAAGAUGAGAAAAUUAUAAGCUCAAGUGAGAAGCCUGAAGUUAUACCUGCCUAUAUUUCAUCAGAAGAUCCAAAUUCUAAUAAAAUUCCUAGUGUUGAAGAGUCCAGUGAUAUUUAUAUUGAUACCACAGAAACUCCCAUUUAUGAAUAUACAAGUCAAGAAUCUAGCUCUGAAGAUUACAGUUCUAGUACCCCAUCACCUUUAGAAUUUGGAAGUACUCCACAGUUUGACAAUAUACCCAUGUCAGACACAGCAAGCCAAGCCACCGAGGCUCCCACUACAGAAGAUAGUUCUAGCAGUAUUUUUUCUGGCAUAUAUUCUUCUAUUGCUGACUUAUUGCCUUCAACUAGUGAGGCACCUUCAGUCGACAAUAUCUAUAAUCAAGAUGCUUACAAAGAUACACCUACAGAUCAAUCUGAGAGUGAAGAAGGAUUCUCAUUUCUUAGCUAUAUAAUGUCAACAUUUAAUACCAUAAUGGGUAGCAGUGAAGAAUCUAAAGCCAUAUUUGCUUCAGUAGGGGAAACCUGUUUUACUAAUGAAUAUUGUGAUGGGAGACCAGAUGGCAAUAACAGACUGCUUACAUUUCUCGUAACAACAGCCGCAACUGUGCUACUGUUCACCCUUGGCUACUACUUCAUUGAUAGCAGGAAACAAGAUAGUCGGCUCAUUGGUACAAUAAAUUCACUACAGAGAGACUUGCUUUUUACAACUAAGGAGAGUGAGAUCCUUAAGGAGGAGCUUACUACUACAAAAAUCAAACUUGCUGGGAUUGAAGACAGCUCUUUUGGAAUGGAUGAUAUGGUAUUGUCAUUGAAAGACGAGAUAAACGAAUUGAAAGCCCAAAAUGAUAGACUGAGAAACUCUUUGGAUGAUAACGAGAAACUGCUGAGAGUGUCCGAGAAUACCGCGGGAGAACUACAGAAUACUCUGAGCGAAGUUGAAAAUACUAUCAGCGAGCUCUUGGGGGAAAGAGCCACGUCCGAAGAACAAAUUAAUGAAUUAAAUGCUAAGAUCCAAGCAUUUGAGGAGGAAUUGAUCGCAGUGAGUCGAGACAGAGACAAUUUCCAGCUGAAGUAUGUGUCUGCUGAGUCAGCACUUGAAGAGUACAAGAAGCAGAAGAAACAGCUGGAUGACGUCACACACAAGCUGACAGAUGCGUACAAUACUGUUGAAUUGCAAAAGCAUGAGAUCACAGCUUUAAAGGAUGCGAUCAAAGAAUUAAAGAGCGGCAUGUCAUCGAAUGUGGACGUCGCAUCGCUGAUAGACCACACGGAGAUCAAAGCGAAGCUAGCUAAAGCUUUGGAAGAAAAACAGACAUUCGAGGGAAAGUACCAGAUAGAGUCUAAGGAGUGCAGUCGGCUGGCUGCAGAACUGAAGGCUGCGCAGGAGUCGCUAGUCGUGACCGGCCAGCAGGCCGCGGAAGCGCACACGCGGCUUGAGGUGCUCGGCAAGUACUUCCAGGAACGUGAGAACGAGCUUGUCAAAGAGCUUAGUGCCAAAGAGACUUUAUGGCUGAGCAAGCAAGGCGAGUCUGCUAGCACGGUGGAGAAGAUGGAAAUAUUGCAGCAGGAAGUGCAGCGAUACAAGGAGAAAUGCGACGCGCUAACACUGGAGUUAGCAGAGCAGGAGUCGACCCGCCGCACGGCGAUCAGCGAGACCGAGAGCCGCGCGCACGCGGCGUGGCUCGAGGCGCGCGCGGCGCGGCGCGAGGCCGACGCCGCGCGCGACGAGGCCGCCGCGCUGCGCCGCAAGCUGGCCUCGCUCGGCGCCGAAUCUGCCGCGUCGCCGCUCCACAAAGUGCCUUCCCCGUUGGAAGGCGAGGGCUCGGUGCCGCCGCCGCUGCCGCUAGCGUUCCUGCCGCCGCCGCUGCUGCCGCCGCUGCCGCGCCCCCCGCCGCUCGGACGCCUGCCCUCCCCCCGCCCCAGAGGCUACGACCGGCGCUACUCGCCCGAAAGCCGAUACUCGCCCGAGAGCCGCUACUCGCCCGAGAGCCGCUACUCGCCCGAAACAGUGCGGUACUCGCCCGACAGCCGCUACUCGCCACGGACUCGCCGCUCGCCCUACUCGCCACACUCCAGACGAAGAUACGAAGAGGGCAGAGCGUCGCGGUCGCGCAAGCCGCCGCCCGACACGGAGUACACGGAGACCGAGUACAACUCCGACAGCCCCGCCCGCGACCGCCGCCGGCGCCGGCCCUACUCCCGGCACUCAGGUCCCAGCUCCGGCUCGGGCUGCUCGUCGGAGUCCGACAAGUGAACGACUAAAUUAUCUUAAUAGAUUAAAAAAUUCUCACGCAGUUGCAAUCAAAAACCGUGCAUUAGGCAUCGAUACCAAAUUGUUCUUAUAGGUAGGCUUCAGGUUAAGUGUAUGAAAGCGGACCUUGGGCUCCAACGCUCAACGGCUGAGGAAGUAACCGGGAAAACUCGCAGGUGAGAGGGAGCGACAACCUUAAGUUUAAAAAAACUAAAUAUCAUUGGGUCUGUCACGUUAUAAAAAUGAUUUGUUUAUCAUCCUAGCACAUUAAAGAAGAUAUUUUACUUCAUGUUGGAUAAAGAAAAAGCUCAUCAGAUCAGCUGCGCAAUAAACUUACAUGACCCGGGCUAGUCGGAAUAUUUUUUAUCUAUUGCCUGGAGCUUGAGUAAAUAAAUCUGUAAAUAUGAUUGGAUCAUCAUUAUGUAAAGGGCUGUGGUGCGUGAAUUCAUUUAAUAUUUAAAAUAGUUUUUGGAUUUUGUUCCUAUUAUAAAAAUGUGUACGGAAUUUUAAAAAAUAUAUUGUCAUAUAUUUCCUUACGUCAGAUCCUAUUUAAGUAGGUAUAUGAUAAUAGUAGUACUUCUCAAAUCAAGAUUAUGGUGAAGUGCCACAAGGCCACGCGCUUUGUAGGAUGAGAAAAGUACUUCAAAAUACUUUUAACAUUUACAUAAUUUACACACAUGACAGAUAUGACAAAAUUGAAGCCGCGUGUUCUGUGUACGCACGCGAUAUAAAUACACAGUCAUCUGACUGUGAUGGAAUCAGUGCAUCUCUAUCACACGUAAGGUUUGUGACUGAGACGCGCUAAUUCCGUCGCCUAAGACCACUUAAUACAGCGCACGGUUAGGUUUCCUUGUUGAUUUUGCAACCUCAAAUAUAAUUAAGAAUGGGAAAAGCUAAACUGAAUCUAUCAGGGUAAAUAUUAAAUUGUUUAUUGAAUUAUCGAAAUUUUACGAGUUACAGUUAACGUGUUUUUAUUUGGAUAAGAAAUCUAGAAACGCGCUCACACCAAAAAGCUGAAACAACUGGAUUUCAGCUUUUGUAAUAACAAGUAGUAUAAAAGCAGAACAAAAACUCUGUGCUAAAUUAAGUGUUCCUUAAGUGAUUUUUAUUCACUGCUCCCAUUCUUAAUUGUGACGAAUUUAGUUUUGUUGAUACUGUAUACUGACAAAAUAAUGGCUUGUAAUGGAUGCUUUUCUUAUACAUAUUUACUUAAAUAUUAUUGUUUUAAUCAUAUGAUGACGUUAGCGUUGGUUCUUAUGUUGUCCAAUAAAUAGUAGUCUUUAUUUUUGUAAUUAUCAUAGUUUAACGAAUUUGCCUGAAUUAAUAAAUGUAUUAUUUCAGUAUUGAAUAUGGGAAUGAAGAAAAAGAACACAUAUUUUAUGGAUAUAUUUAUUUAUAUAAACUACGAUCACCAUUUUAUUAUUUUUUGUAUUAAUAUAGCCUUCAAAUAUAUCGCAUACAAUGUACAACAUUCUGGCCAUUUUGACGUUAUGUUACAUCUAACAAUAUAGGUAUAAUUUGCUCACAACAUGUUUUCACAAGUAGUAUCUAAAAUAUCAAUAGUAAAUUAACAAAUAAAGGUACUAAAAUAUCAUGACACUAUAUUGAGUAGGAAAUGAUUAAUGACUGAAGUAUAUAAUUAUUCGUAGCUUAGAUAGCCGCGAGCCAUUAUUUUAUAAAGCAUUUAAAAUAGUUUUGGUAUAGACCAAAGAAAACUUCUAUGUUCCUUUAUUAUCUGAGUUUUCUCUCUUUGUACCUGAUAUUAAGUUCAUGUCUGAUAAUAUAAUUAAUUCCGAUGAUAUAUAUCACUCACUCAUAUUAAAAUGUCGAUAAAGAAGUGUCGAUCGUACUCAUGAAGCCCAUGAUCCAAUCGUGUCUGUAAACGCAUUGAUUGCGACUUUGUAACUUAUUGAAUAUUGUUAAUAGUCAUUUAAAUGUAAGUCACUAUUGGGGAUUCUAAAAUAGGCUUAUUAAAGCUGUUAUAGAAUUCCUACAAUGACCUACUGUUGUAAUAUAUUAGAUAUGAUUUUAAUAAAUAAUUUUAUCUAUUCA